AUGUCAAAUUCAAUAUCCAUCAAAGACAUUCUUCUAUGUGAUAAUCAAGAACGUUUGAAACAUCUUAUACAAAUGUUUGCUAAAUAUCAAAUGGCUGGGAAAAGAUAUGAAGCAAAAGCAUGGCAUGCUUAUUUUCGACGUAUUGCUAUUAAUCCUGUUGUAUUUUAUCAACAUAAUGUUGCACUUUUUUAUGAAGAUCAACAAUAUUAUCAAGAAACAUUUCAAGUCAUGGAACCAACUUGUAUUCAUGGUGAUUUACAUAUUGGUCAAUUUCAUUAUUAUUUUGAUGAUAUCAACAAUGAACGAAUAUUUAAAAUACGACGUCAUAAAAAAAUCAUUGCACCAUUUACAUGGGAUCUCAAACGUUUAGCAACUAAUCUUGUACUUAUUGCUUAUCAUCAAGGUUUUAGUGAUACUGAAAUCAUUGAAAUAUUACAUGUUUUUAUUCGACAAUAUAUUAAAUGCGUUACAACAACAACAACAACAGACAAGAUGAUUUUAUGCAAAAAAAAUUCUAUUGAAACAGAACAAUUUCAUCAAAUAAAACCAUGUUCACUUCAUAAGCAAUUUUCAGUUAUUAGUUCAAUUCCAAUUAAACAUGAAAUGUAUGAAAUCAAUUGGAAAACAUUUGAUACUGUAGCUAAUUUGAUGAUAUUAGCUGAACAAAUAGCUAUUAUUGUUGCGAAUUCACAUUGUCAACCACCAAUUUCUAUUAUACCAACACAAAAUACAAUAGAAAAUAAUGCUGAUCAUUGUACACAUAUUAUUCAAACAGCUUUAUCUUCAUAUAAUCAACAACAAGAAUUAAUUAAUGAUAUUUGCCUUUUUUCUAUGACUUAUGCUCAAAUAGCUGAACGUGAUUAUCGACUUUUUUUUAAACAUUUUCGUAAUGAAAGAAUAUUUAAUGGUGUAAAUGUAAUCAAUCAUACUCGAAUACCACAUCCAUUAACUAAUGCUCGUUCAGUAUCUAUAUUAAUUGUUGGUGGAGGUAUUAGUGGUAUGGUGACAGCAUUAAGUUUUGCUCGAGCAGGUAUACCAGUUCGAUUAUUUGAAAAAAAGACUGAAUUUGGUGAAAUUGGUGCUGGUAUGCAAUUGGCACCAAAUUGUAGUCGUAUACUUGAUCGUCUUGAUGUUUUAAAACAAGUACAAGCUAAUGCUUUUUUUCCUAAACAAAUUGUAUGGAUGGAUGCUUUAACUGGUCAACGUCUUACAUGUAUUGAUUUAGGUGCUAAGUUCAUUGAAACAUUUGGUUAUCCAUAUAUAGUUGUACAUCGAGCUGAUCUUUUUAAUGCAAUUUAUCAAGCAUGUUUGGCAAAUUCAAUGAUAACAAUGGAAACAGAUCGUACAGUAACAAGUGUUGAUGAACGACCAAAAUCAAUAAUGGUUGAAUGUGCAGAUGGAAUGCGUUAUGAUUGUAAUAUGGUAAUUGCAGCUGAUGGUCUUUGGUCAUCAUUAAGAAAAUUUGUUUGUGAUGAUGGUGCACCAAUUAGUGCUGGUUAUGUUACUUAUCGAGGUACAAUAGAUAUUAAACAAGUUUCAAAAGAAGCUGGUCUUGAAAAUGUUCAAUUUUGGAUUGGACCUGAUAUACAUUUAGUACAGUAUCCUAUUCGACGAGGAGAAUCAUAUAAUCAAGCAGCUAUAUUUAAGUCAAAAAAGAUACCUGAUGAUACAGAUGAAUGGGGAACAAAAGAAGAACUUAAUCAACGAUUUAGUAUUGGAUGUAAACAUGUUAAAAAUGCUUUAAAAUCAAUUCAAACUAAUUUUCGAUGGCCUGUUUAUGAUCGUAAUCCAUUAUCAAAAUGGAGUCGUGGUCGAUUAGUAUUAUUAGGUGAUGCAGCUCAUCCAAUGUUACAAUAUGCUGGUCAAGGUGCUGCACAAGCAUUAGAAGAUGCUGAUGUACUUGUGACUGCUUAUAAAAAAUAUGGACCAUUAAAAAUUGAUUCUGUAUUUCGAGAAUAUGAACAAAAACGAAUACCUCAUUCAUCAAAAGUUGUUCAAUUUGCACGUGAUAUUGGUACUUUUGCACAUUGUGAUGGCGUAGCAAAAAUUGUUCGUGAUAAAAUAUUAAAAGAACAUGAUAUUUAUGAUUAUGAAUUUUUGAAAUGGAUAUAUGAAGAUCAUCAAAAAGAUAGAAAAUAA